UGGCAAAGUUGUCAACAUGGACGUCAAUGUAAACAAAUUGCAAUCGGAGAGUAUUUGAUGCAAUUUCCUUCAAGCAUCAGCUAAGGAAUGGAGCAGUAUGGUUUCAUCCGCAGAGAUACUGGCAGUUCUGUGUAUAAGGCAGCAUCUAGGUACUUGUUAGAAGCACGGAAACAUGAUUGGAAGAAACUACCAGCUAAUACUUCAUCAUUUCAUCUCAUGUUUGGAGAAAGAAACAAACUGCCAUUUGGAAGGCUUGGACAUGAUCCUGGCAGAAAAAAUCUAGUCAACUACUACAGAGGGUCAGAUAUUUUGUGCAGGAAAACAGCUCUAGUGAAGGUUUUCAAAGAAUACUGCAGCUUAGUCAAGUACAGCUACCCAAAGUGGCUCCCACAGUCUUUCCGUAUUUUGCCGAAGAAUAUAAAGCAGACAAGUAUACGCAAUUCUUCAACGACACUGAUGAAAGAGAAGCCAGAUGAUCGUGAUGAGCUUCUUGCGACAAAUGUCAGUCUGACACAGGAGGAAGGGAGCAGUGUAGCGUGGAUUGCAAAGGUCACAGCUGGAGCGAAGGGUGAUGGUAUAAAGAUAUCUGAUGAUGUCCACACGCUGCUGGAAUAUGUGGACCAGCAAGAGAAAGCUUUCGUCAUUCAGCGCUACAUCAGGAACCCACUGCUUCUACAAGGGAAGAGGAAGUUUGACAUCAGGUGCUGGGUUUUGCUAGAUGCCUGGUAUAAUGUGUACCUGUUCCGUGAGGGUGUCAUGCGCACAUCCUCAGAGCCUUACGACCCUGUCGACCUUACCAAGGUCACCAGUCACCUGACGAAUCACUGCCUUCAGAAGGACAUGUCGGAAAACUUUGGCAGGUUUGAGGACGGCAAUGAGAUGUUCUUUGAAGAGUUUAACAGGUUCUUGAUGGAGCAACAUGGUACAAGCUUGGAGGCUUCCAUUCUACCACAGAUAAAGGACAUCGUCAAAAAAUGUUUCCAUAUUGUAAAGGAGAAGAUCAACACAAACGGCCUCGGGUAUGUGUGUUUCCAGCUGUUUGGGUUUGACUUCCUGGUGGACGACAAUAUGAAGGUCUGGCUGGUGGAGAUUAAUGGUGCCCCGGCCUGUGCUCAGGACCUGCUACCUCACAUGGUCCGAAGUAUCGUGCACACAGCCAUCGACCCUGUUUUCCCGCCGUCCAUGCCAAGAGAAGGAGAUACAUGGUUCACGAAGAUCUCAUAAUAACUGCAUUAUAUUGACGCUUUUGUAGAAACUAUUUUUACCACUUAGUUUAUCUACUUGCUUGCCAUUAGAGGAAGAAAUACUGCAAUAAGAAUUUGUGAUUUUCAAGAUUUAAACAUUUUACAGCAUUUUACAGAGGUUUAAUUGAUUAGAUUGUCGUUGAUAUUUAGCUUUCGCACAUUCCAUGUAAAUUUUGAUGUAAGUAUUUAAAUGGAGCUUAUUCAAGUAUUUUAACACCUUAGGUGAAUGCAUUUCCUUGAAUUGCAUUUAUAUUCUGAUGAAUGCAACAUCUUUGGAAUACAUCUUAAAGUUCUAAAACAAUGCUUGUGGUUGGUCAAAUGACAUUUUUUCUUAUGUUAAUUGUAUGCGAUAUAUUUAUGAAAAAAGUGGCAUCAUUGAUGCAGCAGCUGUUUAAACAGCUGAAUAAUUACUAUGUUCAGUUUUAUUGGAAGCAUUUCUUUUAGAUGUGUAUUCAAAUUAUCCAUAGAAAAUUGGCAAAAAUGAUUUUAAACUAUGAAUAUUUUAGAAUUUCUGUACAACUGUGUAUGAAAAUAUUUGCUCAGUUAACAGACUGUGAGUGAAUCUUGCAUUGACCAAUUGUUUCAUAUGCCAAUGAACCAAAAUAUUAAAACAUUGAAACCUUACAUUAAAGCAUUCGGAACUCCUCGGCCAUUUUUUUCAAAAACAACCUCGGAUGUAUUAGGACGGUUUACAUACUCGAAAAGUGGUACGUUUAAGUCUGCUGCAAGUAGAUCGCGUAGUAAUUUUAUUUAGCAGUUAAACUGUGUGACUUAACUCUUGGGAUUCUUAAUUAUGUUUGCAAUAAUACAAUUCAAUGGCAAUCAAUUUCGACUUAGAUCAAUAAAUACAACUCUAAAACACUACAUUUAAUUUAUGAUAUAAUUCAAAAUUUUACGAACUACUUCAACUGAUGUACCUGCAUACAUCCGAGGUUGUUUUUAAAAAAAAUGGCCGAGGAGUUCCGAAUGACAUUAAAGAUAACACCAGCUGAUGGUAAACGAACUCAUAAGCUCUCAAUUUCCCACAGAGUUCCAUAACCCAGGAUACACUUUAUAGCCCCAGUUAUUGAUAUUUAAUGACUACCUACUUUAAAAAUAUUAUCCCCAAAGUAUUAGCAAUGUGCCAUUUAGAAACCUGUGUAUUGACAUUAUUUUUUUUCAUUAAAACAACACCACAACAAUAUCAAUGUGCAAGUCAGAAAUCUCUGCUUACUCAGUCAAUUAAAAAGAAGAUGGCAGCUUUAUACAAAAUUUCUUUAUUUUAUAUAUUGUAAAUUGUUGCAAUAUUUCAUAUAAAUUUAAGGUCAUUGUAUGUUGCUUGUAAAUUAUUAAAAGGUGAGCUGUAUGUACUGUUUUUACCAGGUUUUCAUUGAAACCAGGUUUUUAAAAAGAGAAAGUUGUUGGGCUGACAUCCAAACGGGCAUCAGACCGGCUGUUUUAACUUUUCCGUGAUUGCUUGGAGCUAGCAUUGAAAAGCUUGUCUUUAUUUUCGUAAUCGAAUUCUAGUUUCGUUGUAUCGCGGUUUCAAUUUAACAAUAUCCACAUUCCGACAAAAUAUAUGAAGACAAUUUCAAAUCAAACGACGUAACAUUUCAGUGAUAAGUUGACAUUUACAUGUUUAGUUUCGUAAUCGAAAUCGAGUUAAGCGUAUUGCGGUUUGGCGUUUAGCGUUAGCCACAUAGCGGUUUGGCAUUAAGCAUUAGACACAUAGCGGUUUGCAACAUCGUGAAACAUGGAAAACAUAAUGUAAAUAACGAUAUAGCACUUUAUAACAACGAAUUAAACAAUACAUGAAUGGAAUGUAUUGUAAGAGAUUACUAAUAAAGCAUUUAAAUGUUAACACAUUGCCAAUUUCAUUUUUGACACAAAUACCGCUCCAUACUUACACCUUGCAGUAAAUUUUGGUGUUAGUUCAAAUAAGAUAAAGAUCAUGGCCAUUGUAAGAAUUGAGAUUUGCAAAACUUUGAUGUGUCUAAAUUUCUCAAUGCCCAUAUUGAAAACCUGGUUACAAUGUACUUCGAAUUGUGGCUUUUCUAGCUUGUUUGCAUUUAUAGCACACUUAUUUCCACACUUAUUUUCGAACCUUUUAUAAUAUCAAAGAGUUAGAAAAUGUAUGUGUUUUAUGGAGUAUUGAAUUAUCUAUUUAUUUUCUUGUUUUGAUAUAGUAAAUAUAUUAAGAUUUGAUGCAUUUGGUGUCUGUGAUAUUUAAUAUGUAAUUUUAUUUUGUUAUUUUUUAUUCGUUUACAUGCAAUGUUAGUUGUUACACAUGUACUGUAAUCUUUUAUGUUUUUGUACAUUAAAUG